AUGCCCUCGUAUCCUCCUCCGCCCUCCCACACAUCCUCCCCAUCGAGGCAUAUCUCCACGUACUCGACGUCCAGCGUGACACUCGCGGGCGGGCAGGGCACAUCCACGCCAAACAGCACUGCCACCACAGCGGCUCUACGCUACCCAUCCACCCGCAAGACAAUCUACGACCGUAACCUGAACCGGUCGCGAAAUGCCGAACUCUCGCGCUCCAGUUUCGCCUAUUUGUUCAUGGAAAUGGUGUCCUACGCGCAGCGCCGAGUCAAAGGGAUAGCGGACUUUGAAAAGAGAUUGAACGAAGAAGGAUACCCGCUCGGCCUGAAACUUCUGGAUCUGCUACUAUACCGCGCCACACCAGCUGGUAGUUCGAGCUCAAGCUCGUCGACAGGGUCAGGUGGGAUUUCCGGCGCCGCGAACCGGCCGUUACGUUUACUCCCUCUACUCACGCUGCUCACGACCAAACUUUAUCCGCUGUUGUUCUCGAGGCCUGCGGACUCGUUGGAACAAUCCACAACAAAUCCGGGGGAGUACAUGAUCAUCGACAACACGCCACUCACGAACCAGUAUAUCUCUGUGCCUAAAGAGAUGAAUCAGUUGAGCGUUGCGGCUUAUAUCGCGGGGAUCAUCGAGGGUGUGUGUGAUGGCGCCGGGUUCGAGUGUAAGGCUUCUGCACAUAAUACGGGGACGGAUGUUUGGCCGAAUCGCACUGUGUUUUUGAUCAAGUUUGAGGACCAUGUGCUGGAACGGGAGAAGGAGCUUGAACGGCAGGGUGUUAAGUGA